ACAAACCAACCUUAAAUAUCACAGCGGCGGAACAUUUACCUGAAAGAAAAGUGACACUUGGCAUUAAAAGUUCAAUUAUCACGUUCAGUGCAGAGCCUUGUUCUAGUCUGGAGCUGCCGGGUGUCACAUGGUGCGUGAUAACUUGCCCUUGAUUUGGGUUCAUUUGAAGAGCGUAGAACUCUAACAAAUAAACAGCCUUUUGGGACCUGUCCCCGGACGAGGACUGCCCCCCUCCCUCGGGCAACUACUACUGAUGCUAUCCAGGCAUCGCCCAAGGGGAAAGGUUGCAGCGGGGUCGGCAGGCGCGGGAGGAGUCUGGCGGUGAUUGAUGGGAAGGGAUGAAUGAAUAAAAGUACUUGUCUGAUGGCAACAGAGACCCCGAGCAAACGGUGGAGGCUACACUGUCUGGCAUUCUCGCAGCGUUUCGUCAGAGCCAGACCCGCCUGCAGCUCAAGGGAGGCGUGCUCCUCUCCCAGAGCAGGCUGGAACCCAGCUGGGUUCCGCGUCCCGGGAAGGUGGUCUCCAUUCGUCGCUCUGCAUCUGGUUUGUCAGAUCCGAGAGGCUCUGAAACUGCGGAGCGGCCACCGGACGCCUUCUGGAACAGGUAGCAGCAUGCAGCCGCCUCCAAGUCUGUGCGGACGCGCCCUGGUUGCGCUGGUUCUUGCCUGCGGCCUGUCGCGGAUCUGGGGAGAGGAGAGAGGCUUCCCGCCUGACAGGGCCACUCCGCUUUUGCAAACCGCAGAGAUAAUGACGCCACCCACUAAGACCUUAUGGCCCAAGGGUUCCAACGCCAGUCUGGCGCGGUCGUUGGCACCUGCGGAGGUGCCUAAAGGAGACAGGACGGCAGGAUCUCCGCCACGCACCAUCUCCCCUCCCCCGUGCCAAGGACCCAUCGAGAUCAAGGAGACUUUCAAAUACAUCAACACGGUUGUGUCCUGCCUUGUGUUCGUGCUGGGGAUCAUCGGGAACUCCACACUUCUGAGAAUUAUCUACAAGAACAAGUGCAUGCGAAACGGUCCCAAUAUCUUGAUCGCCAGCUUGGCUCUGGGAGACCUGCUGCACAUCGUCAUUGACAUCCCUAUCAAUGUCUACAAGCUGCUGGCAGAGGACUGGCCAUUUGGAGCUGAGAUGUGUAAGCUGGUGCCUUUCAUACAGAAAGCCUCCGUGGGAAUCACUGUGCUGAGUCUAUGUGCUCUGAGUAUUGACAGAUAUCGAGCUGUUGCAUCUUGGAGUAGAAUUAAAGGAAUUGGGGUUCCAAAAUGGACAGCAGUAGAAAUUGUUUUGAUUUGGGUGGUCUCUGUGGUUCUAGCUGUCCCUGAAGCCAUAGGUUUUGAUAUAAUUACGAUGGACUACAAAGGAAGUUAUCUACGAAUCUGCUUGCUUCAUCCCGUUCAGAAGACAGCUUUCAUGCAGUUUUACAAGACAGCAAAAGAUUGGUGGCUAUUCAGUUUCUAUUUCUGCUUGCCAUUGGCCAUCACUGCAUUUUUUUAUACACUAAUGACCUGUGAAAUGUUGAGAAAGAAAAGUGGCAUGCAGAUUGCUUUAAAUGAUCACCUAAAGCAGAGACGGGAAGUGGCCAAAACUGUCUUUUGCCUGGUCCUUGUCUUUGCCCUCUGCUGGCUUCCCCUUCACCUCAGCAGGAUUCUGAAGCUCACUCUUUAUAAUCAGAAUGAUCCCAAUAGAUGUGAACUUUUGAGCUUUCUGUUGGUAUUGGACUAUAUUGGUAUCAACAUGGCUUCACUGAAUUCCUGCAUUAACCCAAUUGCUCUGUAUUUGGUGAGCAAAAGAUUCAAAAACUGCUUUAAGUCAUGCUUAUGCUGCUGGUGCCAGUCAUUUGAAGAAAAACAGUCCUUGGAGGAAAAGCAGUCGUGCUUAAAGUUCAAAGCUAAUGAUCACGGAUAUGACAACUUCCGUUCCAGUAAUAAAUACAGCUCAUCUUGAAAGAAGAACUAUUCACUGUAUCUCAUUUUCUUUAUAUUGGACCGAAGUCAUUAAAACAAAAUGAAACAUUUGCCAAAACAAAACAAAAAACUAUGUAUUUGCACAGCACACUAUUAAAAUAUUAAGUGUAAUUAUUUUAACACUCAUAGCUACAUAUGACAUUUUAUGAGCUGUUUACGGCAUGGAAAGAAAAUCAGUGGGAAUUAAGAAAGCCUCAUCGUGAAAGCACUUAAUUUUUUACAGUUAGCACUUCAACAUAGCUCUUAACAACUUCCAGGAUAUUCACACAACACUUAGGCUUAAAAAUGAGCUCACUCAGAAUUUUUAUUCUUUCUAAAAAGAGAUUUAUUUUUAAAUCAAUGGGACUCUGAUAUAAAGGAAGAAUAAGUCACUGUAAAACAGAACUUUUAAAUGAAGCUUAAAUUACUCAAUUUAAAAUUUUAAAAUCCUUUAAAACAACUUUUCAAUUAAUAUUAUCACACUAUUAUCAGACUGUAAUUAGAUGCAAAUGAGAGAGCAGUUUAGUUGUUGCAUUUUUCGGACACUAGAAACAUUUAAAUGAUCAGGAGGGAGUAACAGAAAGAGCAAGGCUGUUUUUGAAAAUCAUUACACUCCUUUCACUAGAAGCCCAAACCUCAGCAUUCUGCAAUAUGUAACCAACAUGUCACAAACAAGCAGCAUGUAACAGACUGGCACAUGUGCCAGCUGAAUUUAAAAUAUAAUACUUUUUAAAAAAAUUAUUACAUCCUUUACAUUCAGUUAAGAUCAAACCUCACAACGAGAAAUAGAAUGUUUGAAAGGCUAUCCCAAAAGACUUCUUUGAAUCUGUCAUUCACAUACCCUGUGAAGACAAUACUAUCUACAAUUUUUUCAGGAUUAUUAAAAUCUUCUUCUUUCACUAUCGUAGCUUAAACUCUGUUUGGUUUUGUCAUCUGUAAAUACUUACCUACAUACACUGCAUGUAGAUGAUUAAACGAGGGCAGGCCCUGUGCUCAUAGCUUUACGAUGGAGAGAUGCCAGUGACCUCAUAAUAAAGACUGUGAACUGCCUGGUGCAGUGUCCACAUGACAAAGGGGCAGGUAGCACCCUCUCUCACCCAUGCUGUGGUUAAAAUGGUUUCUAGCAUAUGUAUAAUGCUAUAGUUAAAAUACUAUUUUUCAAAAUCAUACAGAUUAGUACAUUUAACAGCUACCUGUAAAGCUUAUUACUAAUUUUUGUAUUAUUUUUGUAAAUAGCCAAUAGAAAAGUUUGCUUGACAUGGUGCUUUUCUUUCAUCUAGAGGCAAAACUGCUUUUUGAGACCGUAAGAACCUCUUAGCUUUGUGCGUUCCUGCCUAAUUUUUAUAUCUUCUAAGCAAAGUGCCUUAGGAUAGCUUGGGAUGAGAUGUGUGUGAAAGUAUGUACAAGAGAAAACGGAAGAGAGAGGAAAUGAGGUGGGGUUGGAGGAAACCCAUGGGGACAGAUUCCCAUUCUUAGCCUAACGUUCGUCAUUGCCUCGUCACAUCAAUGCAAAAGGUCCUGAUUUUGUUCCAGCAAAACACAGUGCAAUGUUCUCAGAGUGACUUUCGAAAUAAAUUGGGCCCAAGAGCUUUAACUCGGUCUUAAAAUAUGCCCAAAUUUUUACUUUGUUUUUCUUUUAAUAGGCUGGGCCACAUGUUGGAAAUAAGCUAGUAAUGUUGUUUUCUGUCAAUAUUGAAUGUGAUGGUACAGUAAACCAAAACCCAACAAUGUGGCCAGAAAGAAAGAGCAAUAAUAAUUAAUUCACACACCAUAUGGAUUCUAUUUAUAAAUCACCCACAAACUUGUUUUUUAAUUUCAUCCCAAUCACUUUUUCAGAGGCCUGUUAUCAUAGAAGACAUUUUAGACUCUCAAUUUUAAAUUAAUUUUGAAUCACUAAUAUUUUCACAGUUUAUUAAUAUAUUUUAUUUCUAUUUAAAUUUUAGAUUAUUUUUAUUACCAUGUACUGAAUUUUUACAUCCUGAUACCCUUUCCUUCUCCAUGUCAGUAUCAUGUUCUCUAAUUAUCUUGCCAAAUUUUGAAACUACACACAAAAAGCAUACUUGCAUUAUUUAUAAUAAAAUUGCAUUCAGUGGCUUUUUAAAAAAAUGUUUGAUUCAAAACUUUAACAUACUGAUAAGUAAGAAACAAUUAUAAUUUCUUUACAUACUCAAAACCAAGAUAGAAAAAGGUGCUAUCGUUCAACUUCAAAACAUGUUUCCUAGUAUUAAGGACUUUAAUAUAGCAACAGACAAAAUUAUUGUUAACAUGGAUGUUACAGCUCAAAAGAUUUAUAAAAGAUUUUAACCUAUUUUCUCCCUUAUUAUCCACUGCUAAUGUGGAUGUAUGUUCAAACACCUUUUAGUAUUGAUAGCUUACAUAUGGCCAAAGGAAUACAGUUUAUAGCAAAACAUGGGUAUGCUGUAGCUAACUUUAUAAAACUGUAAUAUAACAAUGUAAAAAAUUAUAUAUCUGGGAGGAUUUUUUGGUUGCCUAAAGUGGCUAUAGUUACUGAUUUUUUAUUAUGUAAGCAAAACCAAUAAAAAUUUAAGUUUUUUUAACAACUACCUUAUUUUUCACUGUACAGACACUAAUUCAUUAAAUACUAAUUGAUUGUUUAAAAGAAAUAUAAAUGUGACAAGUGGACAUUAUUUAUGUUAAAUAUACAAUUAUCAAGCAAGUAUGAAGUUAUUCAAUUAAAAUGCCACAUUUCUGGUC